AUGGAUCUUGCUAAUGAUGAUAACACUGCAGCAAAUCACAGGUCGUCAUGGAUUGAGAACGCUUAUAACAAAUUGUCUCAGUUUGCUCCAUGGUUGCAAACAUGGACCGCUGCGAAUCGUCGCGUGCUUGCGUUGAGGCUGGAUAACAUUCCAUUCCGGAGCGGGCAGCGUCUUAACUGUCCGGUUUCUAUCGCUCUUCUUCUGAAGUCGGUUCCAAGUUCGGUGUGUUUCGAUUUUUCUGUAGUCUUGGGUGACCAGCUGAGCUUAGUCGACAUGUCUGAGCUUAUUCGUCACGUUAUUGGGCGUCUGACAGGUCGAACAGCAAAGAACAAGUACCCGGUCGCUCAUAUAGAAGGAGCCGAUAACGUGAUGCUCGAUUCCUCAGUGCUCUGUUGCCCUGUCUGCUACAAUUUGUUCGAUUGUGCCCCUUCAGUGCUACAGUGUGGUCACACUUUCUGCGCAAAGUGUCUGAGGAAUAUCGCAGGUUUAAGAACAAUUUCUCGUCAGGGUGAUGGAAGAUCCUUCCCCUGCCCCAUGUGUCGCCAGCCGUGCUUCUUCGAAAACGUUGCAAAAAACUACAUUAUUGAGGAUAUAUUGAACCGUUUGGAGAAGCUUCCAGAAGAAGAAGAGUUUCGCGACAAAUUAAUUCUCGCAAAUCUUCGUAUAGCGGUUGGGAUGCGUUUUAUUACCAACAGGGAUAUAUUUAAAUAA